UCGGUUCGAGCAGGGACAGCGAAUCAAACAUAUCGGGGGGGGGGAGUCGCAACAGCAGCAGAAGGAGGAGGAGGAGAUCCUCAACUUGGCUCUCCGGAGUCGGUCCCCCCCUCCUGACGCGGUGCAGUCUUGAGCUGUCCACCGGACCGGUAUGCACUAUCCGCGGAGGAGGAAGUGAGCGGAGCCGACCGUGAAAGAUGCAGACGGAGGACAUGGAGGUACCUAUCAUUAAUAACCUUAACGAUAACGGCGACAGACAGAGGCCGAAAGGGAAAGAUGUGUUCAAGGAUCAGCAGAAGGAGUCCGAGAGCUCCAUGGAGUCUCCAAACCUGGAGUUUGAGUACGGCGACACGGACACACUGACUGCUGAGCUCUCUGAGCUCUACAGUUACACAGAAGAGCCAGAGUUUGCCCUCAACAGAGACUACUUCGAGGAGGACUUCAGAAGCCAUGCUCGAGGCAGGCGGUGGAUCGAGCUGACGGUGGAGGAGCAGAGGGCGUAUGUAAUGAGGCUGCUGGACGCGCUGGAGGUGACGGACAGGGACAAGAGGCUGAAGGUGGCCAGGGCCAUCCUCUACCUGGCUCAGGGAGUGUUUGAUGAGUGUGACACAGAGGUGGAUGUCCUCCACUGGUCCAGGCACAACAUUUUCCUGCUGUACGACAUGGGCAUCUUCACAGCACUGCUGGAGCUGCUUAGCAUGGAGAUAGACAACAGCCAGGCGUGCAGCAGUGCGGUGAGGAAGCCUGCCAUCUCUCUUGCAGACAGCACAGAGCUCAGAGUCUUACUGAGCAUCAUGUACUUGAUGGUGGAAACCAUUAGAGUGCAAACAGAAGACGACCGACCUGAGUGGAUAGCAGCCAGAGAGACCUUCAAGAAUGAGCUCGCUUCUCCUCUUUACAACGGAGAGCCCUUUGCUCUACUGCUUUUCACCAUGGUGACCAAGUUCUGCAGCAUGAACGCGCCACACUUCCCCAUGAAGAAAGUACUACUGCUGCUGUGGAAAACAAUACUGUUUACUUUGGGAGGUUUUGAGGAGCUCCAGGAGAUGAAGGUGCGACACCGGGAGCGUCUCAACCUGCCCCCACUGCCAGAGGACAGCAUCAAGGUGGUCAGGGCCAUGAGAGCAGCCUCGCCCCCGGCCUCCGCCAUGGAGCUCAUCGAACAGCAACAGCAGCAGAAGAGAGGCCGCCGCAGCCGCAGGAGUGCCUUUGUUGAUAGCUUGGAAGGAGACAGUCCUUUUCCCAAGAAGCAGCCCCUGGUCAAGCAGGACAGCUUGGACACGUACAACGAGCGAGACCCCUUUAAGAACGACGACGCCCGGGACGAAGAGGAGGACCCUGAGGACACGGACAGUGGUAUUGAGGGUGAGGUAGACCCUCUGGACCGCGACGUCAUCAUCCAACCGCCACCACCGCCACCUCCUCUAAGACCACCGACAGAGAGGGUCAACUUCCCCAAAGGUCUUCCUUGGGCCCCUAAAGUCAGGGAGAAAGACAUCGAGCACUUCCUCGAGACGAGUAGGAACAAGUUCAUCGGUUUUACUCUGGGGAAUGACACAGAAACCCUGGUGGGCUUACCCAGACCCAUCCAUGAGAGUGUCAAGACUCUUAAACAGCAUAAGUACAUGUCCAUUGCUGAAGUGCAGAUCAAAAGGGAAGAGGAGCUGCAGCAGUGUCCACUGACUCUGGGUGAAGAGGAAGUGGAGGACACAGCAGCAGAGAUGCUGUACCUGGGAAUGCUUCCCAACCUGUCACAGUAUGUGAUUGCCCUCCUGAAGCUACUGCUCGCAGCAGCUCCGACCUCCAAAGCCAAAACGGACUCCAUCAACAUCCUGGCUGAUGUGCUGCCUGAGGAGAUGCCUAUCACCGUCCUGCAGAGCAUGAAGCUGGGAAUCGAUGUUAACCGGCACAAGGAAAUCAUCGUCAAGGCCAUCUCUGCUCUGCUGCUCCUGCUCCUCAAGCACUUCAAACUCAACCAUAUCUAUCAGUUUGAGAUUGUCUCCCAGCACUUGGUGUUUGCCAACUGUAUCCCACUCAUCCUCAAGUUCUUUAACCAGAACAUCAUGUCUUACAUCAGUGCCAAAAACAGUAUAUGUGUGCUGGACUUUCCCCAUUGUGUGGUCCAUGAGAUGCCUGAGCUUACAGCUGAGAGCCUGGAAGCCGGAGACAGCAGUCAGUUCUGCUGGAGGAAUCUGUUUUCCUGCAUUAAUUUGCUGAGAAUCCUGAAUAAGCUGACCAAGUGGAAACACUCGAGGACCAUGAUGCUGGUUGUUUUCAAGUCUGCCCCCAUCUUGAAGAGGGCUUUGAAGGUGAAGCAGGCCAUGAUGCAACUCUAUGUUCUCAAACUGCUCAAGAUUCAGACCAAGUACCUGGGCCGCCAGUGGAGGAAGAGCAACAUGAAGACCAUGUCGGCUAUCUACCAGAAGGUCCGGCACAGGCUCAAUGAUGACUGGGCCUAUGGAAACGAUAUCGACGCACGGCCGUGGGACUUCCAGGCAGAGGAGUGUGCCCUGCGGGAGAGCAUCGAGAAGUUCAACAGCCGCCGCUACGAAAGGAACAGGAACGGAGAUUUCGCGCCCGUGGACAACUGCCUGCAGAGCGUGCUGGGCCAGCGCGUAGAGCUGCCGGAGGACUUCCACUACAGCUACGAGAUGUGGCUGGAGAGAGAGGUCUUCUCGCAGCCAAUCCAGUGGGAGGGUCUACUACAGAAUCCAUAACGUACGGGGAGGGAGGGAAGAGAGGGGGGCAUGAGGGCGUGGGGUGGAUGUAACUGCGAAGGUCACACAUUGAGCCUCUUGGGAGUGGUUUAAGGAGGUCAUACCAAGCAGCGCCAGCGGGAAGAAGGAGCUGGCAGCUGCAUGCAGCAAUGGAAGAAACGACAAGAGGAUCAAAGAUGAGUUGUAAAAUGGAUCCAAUUAAAGAGUGCCACACACUGACAUGUGCCUAUAACUACUAUGAACACACAUGACCGGCAAGAACAGAGGUAGCAGUUAUAAGAAACACCUGGUAUCGCUGUAGCAGGAAACUGUUUUUUGUGGCCAGUUAUACUGCCCCGCCCCCAUGUUAGACAACAAAAACAUCAAUUUCUACACCAUGUCCCUUUUUUUUAACACGUCGGUGCUCUUCUGAUUCCUCAGUGAUGUUUUCCUCUUUAUUUGUAUCAACGUGUGUUCUAAACAUUACGUGAUAAAUGAUUGUUUGAAAGAACCUUUUUUUAAAUUUAACACAGAGCCUACUGUAGGUAUAGAGAUUGUGGAUUGUCGGUGAUGGGUUUAAACAUUUCUAUUAUAUAUUUUGUAUAAAAGAGAAAUGGAGCCACAGGGUUAUGAUAGUCCAAAUGUAGAAAUGGGAGCUCUUUGCUCCGAAGGCACCAAAAAAACUAAAGAGAAAUAUGCCAGCGUAUUAGUGUAUGGGUUUGUUCUGUGGAUGUGUAAAAGUCUUUGUGUGGAGAAGGAAAUCUGAAAAAAUGGGAGAUGUGAGUUUAAAAAACAAAAUGUUUUGUCUUAAAAAAAAAAAAAAUCUGUAUUUUUAAGUAGAAAAUUAACCUUAUAUACAGAAAUCCUGCUAUUCCAAAUAUCUUAGCUUCAUUUUUAGCAACGUCAAACCUAUAAUUACUGAUGUCCUCCAGGGUUUGUUUCGAUACAUGUCGUGAGAGAUGAAGAGGUCACAGAAGCUAAUUGGAUGUACUUUUUAUCAAAACACUUCAGUUUUUCAUAUCACUUUGAAUGAAGCUGUAACGCUACAGUCACACUGGGGAAAACAUUGGUUGGAGGUCGCAGUGUGACCACAAUUAUUGCAACCGUGUGCAAUGAACUUGCUUUUGAAAUGGUUCCUUCAAAAGGUGCAGACCAAGCCUGCAACCACUCACAGUCAGUCGCUGUCUUCAAAGCCACUGUGGUGUGCCAAGAACAAAGAUAUUGACGAACCAGCAACAAGAUGGAGUUGGUCUUCUAUCAGUCUGUCACUGAAUAUGGUCGAGUUGGAAAUUAAACGCAAUGUGUUUGUGAUAAUAAAGCAAUCAGCUAAGAUAAAUCAGUGAAAACUGCAAA